AUGAACCCAUCUGCGGCCUCGACCGACGCCGCCCCGCCCGCCGCCGCCGCCGCCACUGCGGCCGUGGUGUCCCUGGAGAGCCCCGUGGUGGCGGCCAAGGCCAUCAAGAACGCGGCUGAGCUGGAGGGCAUGAAGGAGGCGCACCUGCGUGACGCGGUGGCGAUCUGCGACUUCCUCUGCUGGCUGGAGGAGGAGAUCGCUGCCGGCAAGACCCUGAGUGAGGUGGAGGUGGACCUGCAGCUCACAGGGCGCAGGAGGCAGCAGCCCGGCUUUGUGGAGCCCAGCUUCCCCACCAUAGCGGGGGCGGACAGCAACGGCGCCGUCAUCCACUACCGGGCGAAGGAGGAGACCGCCAGGACUGUCUCUGGCUCCACUCUGCUGCUGCUCGACUCUGGCGGCCAGUUUGACUGCGGCACGACAGACAUUACGCGCACCAUGCACCUGGGGACACCGGACGAGUACCAGCGCCGCUGCUACACGCGCGUGCUGCAGGGGCACAUCGGGCUCGACAGGGCCUACCUCCGCCCCACCACCAAAAACCCCAACCGCCCCUCACCGCCCCUCCAAAAGGUGGUCUUCCCGGAGGGCACCCCAGGCUCCGCCGUCGACGCCCUGGCGCGCCUGCCCCUGUGGGCGGAGGGCCUGAACUACCGCCACGGCACGGGCCACGGCGUGGGGGCAGCGCUCAACGUGCACGAGGGGCCGCAGUCUAUCAGCACGCGCUACUGGAUCACCACGCCCCUGCAGGCCGGCAUGGUGUGCAGCAACGAGCCGGGUUACUACGAGGACGGCCGCUUUGGCAUCAGGGUCGAGAACCUGGUGGUGGUGGAGGAGGCCGAUACUGAGUUCAGGUUUGGCGGCACUUCUUUCCUGCGCUUCAGGCGGCUGACGCAGGUGCCCAUCCAGACCGCGCUGGUGGAGCCGUCCCUCAUGAAGCCGGAGGACAUUGCCUGGCUGGAUGACUACCACAAAGAGGUGUGGGAGGCCGUGUCGCCCCGCCUGGCGGACAAGCCCAAGGUGCUGGAGUGGCUCAGGGUCAACACCCGGCCAUUGGCAGAGCAGGUGGCCUCGCGGCAGCAAGCCGCGCCGGCCGCCGCUGUUCCGGCUUGA